UCUUUGUGUUUUACGCUACGUUUAGCUGAAAGUCAGUCGCGUGCGUACCGUCGUCGGGUGUUUCACGUGAGUGGUUUUCUCUCCGGCCGAUACGGAAUAAACCUCUCUCGAGGCUGCGUCACUCCUAUCCUACAACUUUACAAGAGAGGGCAACAUGCUCAAGUCUUACCCCACGCGAUAUCCUACCAGUGGAGCUGACACCGGUGUUCGAGUGAUUCGCUUGACGGUGAAUCAGGAGGCGGUUCUUCAAGAGCAGUUUAACAGGUGGCCAAGAGCACCUCAUACCGCGGACGUCGUACUCCUUGCAGCUGAAACAGGUCUUUCCGAGGCGGACGUUGAAGGAUGGUAUGCUAUCAGAUUGGCUCAGUGGCGGAAAGAACAGGGUCUCGGCGGGAAUACACUGGGCCUGCACUGAUUAUAUCGUGUGCGAGAUCUCAUCUCACUUCUGUACCUGAAACUCUCAUAUGUACACCAAAUGGACUGAGACGGCAAACUACCUGUGCAAUUUCUUCCUUAAAAUUACUUGUUUAGACAAGGUCUAAACUUAUUGGUCACGUCUAAUGUCUUUCUAAUUGUUCUAAGCAAGGAAAGACCAUUAUAAACGAUCGUAACAAUGUUUCCUUUAAUUAAUAACACUCUUUUACUAACACGUAAGCUAUUUAUUUAACCAAUUAGAUUUAAUCAGAUAGUAAUUAAGUGAAUGUAUGUAAAAUUAAACAAAUUUAACUGAAA